GUUUACUCAUCGUCAUGAACAGAUGAACACGUCAAAAACAGCUGAAGAGAGAGAAAAAACAGAAAAUAUACCGAGGAGCGGACAAAAUGCAGUCCAAUAAAGCUGGCGAUCAACAGAGUAAUGGUAUCACCGAUGCUUGGUGGUAUAAAUACCUUCUGAAGGGAACGGGGACCCUCGGUGGUAUACUUGCCAUAAUAUUUGGAUUGUUGGCAUGCAUUACCUUCACAGCAAUGUGCUUACUGGCAGGGGUACUGCAAAUGGUGAUCGGUUUUGUGGUGGUCCUUCUAGAGGCCCCCUGCUGCUGCCAGUUUGUGGAGUUUGCUGACAAAUUUGGAACAUUUUCAGAUAAUCGACCAGCCUGGCAGAAGUCUGUUUUAUAUUGUCUAUUAGGUUUGAUACCAGUAGUGGCAUGUAUAGAAGCCUGGACUGUCCUGGGAGCUGGGUUGGUCUUUGUCACAGGUGCUCUUUACGGAUUGAAAGCAGUAGGCAAAAAAGGUGAUAGGGAGUCCAUGAUGGCCACAGCAAGUGGAGAUGACCUGGAAAUGAAAGUCCAGCUGAUCAACAAUGAGGAGAAGGCAGAACUUCAUGUACCUGAUAACAAUGCAAUCCCUUGACAAAAAGUCUCGUUAGGGACAUUUCCAUAACCAAGUUUUAUUUCACGAGGGCACAUAGAUCUCAUCAAGGAAAAUAUCCACAUUGGUGGAGACCAGUAAUCUCAAAGAUUAUAAAGGAGGCAGACAACAAACACAGGACUGGAAUAACCAUAGUGGAUUUUAACACGAGUUUGGGCAUUUAGUAAGAUUGGAAGAUUUCACUAGAUGACAAUUAACUGAGAGUAGACUAUGCCAGACUUGAGUUAUAAGUGGGUCACAUUCAUCAAGAUUCUUCUGUACCGAGUAUGGUGGUAAUCUGGAACUUUUUAUUUUUAUUAAUGCAUUAAGCCAUUUUCAUUUGAUGUGUAGGUGCAUAUGAAUAUUGCCUUAUGAUUUGUCAAAGCAGGGAUGGACUGCUAGUGGACCAGCAACAUGUUUUUAUUUUAUUUAAAUUAUCACAGCUAACUUCAUUCUAUAAACUUAUAAUUUGCAUAUGUAAGCUUAGAAGUUGACUUUCGAACAAUGAUAUGGAUAUGCCAGUAAGUACAUAUAUCUUCUUAUUUGCAAAGAAGUUGUGACUUUUGAGGCAAAUAAUUAUGGUCCUUAUACAGUUUUUCAUACUGUACAAUAAUUUGUAACUGAUUUCAAAGGCUUAUUACUGAAGCUGGUCUGAAGUAAUAUAAUGUAGCAACCAUAUCAUAUUGUGUUGUAAGCAUAUUUGAUCUCUUUGUCCCGAUUCUUAUUUAUUUAUUUUUUUCGUUAUCAUCAUGCCAAUGAGAAAUUCUAUAGCAUUCCCUAUUUUACUUGAGUACUUAAUAUCCCGAAAAGACUUGUAGGCGUCAAAUCAUGGCAACAUGCAUGAAGAGCUUUUACAUGUAUUUCAGCUAUAUCAAAAUACAUGUUAAAGCAUGUCAUUUUAUUUUGCAAGUGGUGCUUAUUGGUAAAUUAUGCUAUAUUUGACUUUACUACUGUAAAAAUUGUUAUUUACGCAGAGGGUGAAGUACACGUUUUUCCACAUCCAGCAUUACACAUGGGGGGGGGGGGGGGGGGGGGAAUAUGCGGUAAAUGAAUAUAUUAUAAUAUUACGUGGCCAUGUAAUUAGUGUAAAUUUCUCCCACGCAUAAACAACCAUUUCUACAGUAUAUUCCGGAAUCUACAGUAUAAAGAAUGUAUUUAUUUGUGUUUUAAAUGUUAAAAUGUCUUUAGAGUUGUGAUUUAUCUCAGAGUUCAUAUUUAAAGAGUUAAUAUGUGGGAUUUUGUUUUUGUUUGUAAGAAAGUGUUCAUGUAUGAUGGUUGAAUGUCAUGGUUUGGUUUUAUAUAUUUAUCCUUGAUUUUAUUGGUCAGAGACCAAUGUAUGUUAAUAUAUCUGUUUAUUGUUAUGUAUUAAAAGUAUAAAGUGCAAUAGUAUUAAAUAUUAUACUUCAAA